AUGGCUACCGAUAUGAACAAUCUCAAUCGUUUCGUUGCCCAAAAGAACUUGGAGAGGCUUCAGCAUUAUGAUAUAGCCCUUACAGACCCAGCUUCUGACAGCAAUGCCAUUAUUGGCGACAAGUGUAAGCUCGCCUAUUCCAUUCCCAAAAAAUGGAGCGACAAGAACCCAGACAGUAUCAAGAAGGCCAUUGAAGCGCAAGUGUUUGGCCAAAAGAACCCCAUUGACUGGAACAUCGCAUUUCUUCCCUUCAUGGAGAGUAUGGCUGUAUAUUUGCGAGACUAUGGCAAGAUCCUAGCUGCAUGCGAAAAAUAUGCCCAGUGUCAGGACCCUGAAGUUGAUACGACCCCUGAAGAUCUUGAGGACGCCAUCAGCACUUACAUCAGCGCUGCAGAUGAAAUUAACAACGUUGCCAAGCUAUGGGGCAUGAAGUUCAUGCAGAUUUGCGACUUGCCCCGGUGUCUAUAA